CUUUCUUCUUAUCUACGUUUCUUAAAUCACGAAGUAGACUUCAGACACGUAUUCAAAACUCAAGAACAAUGCUGCGGGAAGUUGUCAUUUGGCUGUCUGUUGUUACUCUCGUGAAGUGCGAUCAAAGAUGCUGGGAAUGCAGUAAUGAAGGGAGUUUAGCAGUUUGUCAGGAGACCACAGUGGCCUGUCCUGCUAGCGAGCAAUGUUUCGUGGAAAAGGUUGUCACCGAUUCGAAUGAGGUCGUGUUCAACGCUGGGUGUAGGUCAAAUACGGCUUGCGUGAUCAUGCAAUCGCUCUCAGCUGGUGCGGUUGGUAAAAGAUCGAUAUCACUGUGUGGAAAAUGUUGUACAGGACCUCACUGCCAGGACACUCUUUGUGGUCUUAAUCCAGGUGGACCAAGUCAGCUUAGAUGUUUAUCAUGUAGCUCCGUAACUUCCCCAGCUGAUUGUCUGGUUUACGAGACGUGCCAGGAUAGAAAGGUUUGUUAUGCUGGUAUACACAUCGAAUAUUCUUCACUUCGUUACUCGUUUGGAUGUCAAGACAAACAUUUGUGCCAGAACUCAGCCGCCAAUGAUGUUGUGGGUCAUCCAGGCCGAGAGGUAGCAAAUGGCCAAUCUAUAUGCGAUGCUUGCUGUGACAGCGAUUAUUGUAACAAGGUUGAUUGCUAUAUCUUGAAGAAAAAUAUGACAAAUCAAAUGUUUGCAACGGGAUGAUUUGUACUCUGUUUCAAUGUGUUCAUACAGAUGAAUUGCAAUUAAAAAGUUGUCAAUGUAUAGUUGCUA